UGAGCAUGCGCAUAGUGAGAGGGUUGGUCUUCUGAAGUUUGAACUGAACUGAAACUGCUGGUCCGAGAGCUGUCAGUUACCCACUCUCGUGUUUUAGAAGAGGCCUAGUUGGUGGCUUGGCAUGUCAAUAGUAACAGUGCAGCUUGGGCAGUGUGGCAACCAGAUUGGCUUUGAAGUGUUUGAUACUUUAUUUAGAGACUCACACUGUUCCCAGGGACUCUGCUCUAAGAGAGAAAAUGAGGCAUAUCAAGCAUCUUGCAGUGAAAGAUUUUUCAGAGAGGAAGAAAAUGGAGUUCCAGUUGCCCGGGCCGUGCUUGUCGACAUGGAACCUAAAGCUAUCAAUCAAACGCUAUCCAGAGCUACCCAGUCUGGCCGAUGGAAAUACGGUCAGCAUGCAUGCUUUUGUCAGAGACAAGGAUCUGGGAACAACUGGGCAUAUGGGUACUCUGUGCAUGGACCGAAGCAUGAAGAGCGGAUGAUGGACUUAAUCCGGAAGGAGGUGGAGAAAUGUGACUCUCUGAGUGGAUUUUUCAUCAUAAUGAGCAUGGCUGGGGGAACAGGAUCGGGGCUGGGAGCCUUCAUUACACAGAAGUUACAAGACCACUACUCCAGUGCCUUGAAAAUGAAUCAGGUUAUAUGGCCUUACGGAACUGGCGAGGUUAUCGUGCAGAACUACAACUCCAUCUUGACCCUCUCUCACUUGUACCGGUCUUCAGAUGCCCUCCUCAUUCACGAAAAUGAUGCCGUCCACAAGAUCUGUGCCAAACAGAUGAACAUCAAGCAGAUCUCCUUCAGAGAUUUAAACCAAGUUCUUGCCCAUCAACUGGGGAGCGUGUUCCAGCCUACGUACUCUGAGGAUGGCUCGCUUCACUACCGCAGGAAUCCACUAGGAGACUUAAUGGAGCAUUUAGUUCCCCACCCCGAAUUUAAAAUGCUGGGUGUUCGUAACAUUCCACAGAUGUCUGAGAACUCUCUGGCAUACAGCACAUUUACCUGGGCUGGCCUCCUCAAGCAUUUAAGACAGAUGCUUAUUUCGAGUGCAAAAAUGGAAGAAGGUAUCGACUGGCAGGUGCGGCCUCCUUUCUCAGGCCUUCCACCUCUUGGCAAAAUGUCUGUCCACAAGGAUCUUCAUUUUAACACUUCUAUUGCUAACUUGGUCAUUCUCCGUGGGAAAGAUGUGCAAAGUGCAGAUGUGGAGGGGUUUAAAGACCCAGCUCUCUACACUUCCUGGUUGGAGCCUGUUCAUGCUUUCAGCAUGUGGAAAACCCAGCGAGCCUUUGACAAGUACGAGAAGUCUGCAGCACUGGUCAGCAACAGCCAGCUCUUUGUAAAGCCGCUUGACAUGAUCGUGGGCAAGGCGUGGAAUAUGUUUGCAUCCAAGUAUGCCAUGGGUGCACAGGAGCCUGUGGAGAUCAGAAGAGGGUAUGGGAUCCUCUGGAACCGAGGUCACCAACAUGGGUGCUGUCAAACAAACGUGGUUCCUGUGGAAGAACAGCAGGUGUCAGUGUGGAGCCAUCUCCCAAGGUGUGGCCUUGGGUUUGUGAUCAACUCCUGGGAUUCUCGGCUGGCACCACCAUGCCUGUUCAGGCAAGUGCAGGACAAGGGCUUCAUGCAUGCCAGGCAAGCUCUCUACCGCCUACGCUGCACCCCCAGGCCUCCAUGGAGUCUUUGUGGCUUGCCCCGUGUCCAGAGGCAGGAAGAGGCACUGGAUCCUCUGGGAAAGCAGCGGUGCUCUUAGGAGCAGAGUUCUCUCCCCAUCUCCAGAUUCCAUUACUUUUUGAAGUGAACGCAGAGCACCAGGAAUUGACUGGUACAUUCUGGAAGGACCUUGCAGCAUCCCUCUUCAGAACUUCUUGUCCACAUCUUCACAGGAUCAGCAGCUAGUUAUGUCAGAGUCCAUGAGAACCCUAGAACAGGGACACCCCAAUCACCCCAGGAACCUGCGAGUGGAAUUCGCUUUCAUCCAUUCUCCACCACAGUAGACACAAGUUAAACCUCUCUUGCUGAACCCUGAUGCUCCUGCAGAGUGCUGUCAUUGUGGUCACAUGCCAUUUAUUCUGAAUGCCUUUCCAGCCAACUUCAAUAAGUAAUAACUCAUUUACUAAAACAUGUAAACAACCUCAGCACCAAAGCAGCCAAGUGGAAAACUGCUUUCACCACACAGUCCGGAAGAUGCACCAGAGUCACAAUGCUGCCUUUGGGGUUGGCAGAGGCUGCUGGGAAAGCCCUCACUCUGCCUUGGAAACACAUCUGGGCUCCUGGCUGUGGUGGCUUCUGUCAUCCAGGGGCAGACAGCAGCUCCCGGUACCAACUUUUCUCCUUAUAUAGAAAGACCAUCUAUCCAGGAAUCACCACCCUCCAGCCUCACAGGGAGGAGCCAGGGACACAACAGGAGAGGGAAGUUUUCGUUUCCUGUGACUCAAAGCUCUAGCCACAGUGGCAUCUUUUCAGCAAAUGCUACACAAGCGAAGGCUGCUACCGCUUAUGGGAAAGCUCAGAGGGCAUUUGCUCACGGUCCUGUGAAGUGCAGUGUGUGUACCAGCAGAACAGGGUGGGAGCCAGAAACCUGAGUGGAAGCCUCCUCACACCUGCUCCUCCUUUUACACGUCUUUCCUAGAGGGUGGCCAUUUUCUUUCUUCUCUUCUAUCUGUGUGGUGUAUGCAUGUG